AUGCAGUUCAUCGUGACCAAGGAGGUCGACUGGGAGGCCGAUGAUGAAGCAGAGGAUCCAAAGCCCAGGCGUGGGGUGAUGAAGCGAUACCGCUUCAUCAUCGACUUCUCUCGACGUUCCUCAAAGGCCAACGGCAAGAAGAGCAAGGAGCAUGCUGCCAAGUCUGAGCUCUCGGAAGAUUAUGUCGACUCGGAAGAUGAAGUGGGCGACGACCCCAAGCCCGACCAGCAUCUCUGUUACGGCUGUGGGCAGCUUCGGUCCGAGCUGUAUCACUACCACUACCCAAUCAAAGCCGGAAAGCGGCCCAGACCCAGCCUCUGCACCCAAUGCCGUUUCUUCCGAAACGCCAGAAUCAAGAACCGCGCCCGCAAUGGCGGCCGCCGCCGCCGGCUUGCGGAGAGCGAGGCCCGUGUUGAUGAGCGAGAGUGGUGCUCCAGCUGUGGCACGCUGCGCUCGAACGAGUACCAUGUGAAGCUUCUGUCGGGCGAACUGCCGCCCUGGAACGAGAUUUGUGGACAGUGUAUGAUGAGGGUGGAGAAGAAGAACAAGAUCCGCCGGCUGCGUGUGUACUACGAAGAGAUGGACGCCGCCGAAGGCGUCGAGGCCGCGACGCACGAUCCUCUCCGGGAGAGCCUUCAGCAGCGCCGGAGCAGCCCGUACGCCAUCACGCCGACCUCAUCGCGCGAGGAGUUCCAGGCCGACUCAGCCGCGACGUCUCCGUCGGGCCCAACGACGGGUGGCUCGAGCGGGUCGAGCAGCACGGCCCCCGCCGCUGCCCAGGCUGACCCUGGCAGCAUCAAAAUUCACCAGGAGUCCCGGAAGCCGGGCGGCCAAACUCUGAAGCCCCACGCCCGUGGAAAGACGCCUGCCCCGUGUACUGCGGCAGUUCCCACUACUUCUGGCGACACUAGUCAGCGUCAGAAUGCUCGUCCGGGUCCUGAGCAGCACCGGCCUCGCUAUGGUCAGCAGGAGGACAUGCGCAAGUGUGCCAAUGUGCCAUCGUACCCACCCGAGCCGUUCACCUUGAAAAGCGGCCACACGUCGCGUGGCAAGGCCCAACCCAAGCCCGAGCAGCAGUCCCAGUACCAGGGCCAGCAGCAGUACCACCACCACCGGGCUCAGCAGCCGCCGCCGCUCAGACCGAUGGGCAUCUCGGACAGGUACUGGGCCUCAGAGGAGGGCAAAGCCGAGCAGACGUUCACCGCCGGCGGCUACUCCUUCCCAGGCUUCGCCACCGCCUACAUGUUUCAGGAGGACGAGGAUGGUGGCGCUGCUGCCGCGCCGCGCUCGAAUGGCGACUACAAGGAUAAUAACAACAGCAACAAUAACACGCGGUACGCCUCCUCCUCCCGCACUUUUGACUGCGCUUCUCGCCCCGCUGGGUGCACCACCACCGCCACCACCGCCACCACCACGGCGGCUGCUUCUUCUGAGCAUCAGCACAUGCCCCCUUCGCACGCGAAUAUUGCCCAGGCGCAGGUAUGGGAGGUGGACUCGGACGAGGCCGAGGAGAUUGAGGAAGGCCACGUCAACCUCUUAGCCGGCAAGGGCAAGACCAGGAGCAUGGCGGCGAAGAAGGCUUGA